CUAUCAGCCCCAGCAAGCAUGGCCACUGGAUUGGGCUGAUGUAGUUCAAAAAAGUAACUUUUCCAAGCUCUGUCAGCUGUGGUAACUAGUAAUGGAUGGUGCUCUUAGGUAAAACCUUACAGCCAUGUCUAUCUUCUUUGAGGAGAGGCAAAGAUCCUACUCUACAAGUUUUAGGCCCAGGAUUCUCCAGGAGACCUUGUAGCUGCCUGAAAAGAGUGAUGAUUACAAGGAAACUUCCAGAAACACCUGCUGACUGCAAGUAAGGAGACCAUGGCCAAGAAAGUUGCCAUUGUUGGGGCAGGUGUGAGUGGACUGACUUCCAUCAAAUGCUGCCUGGACGAGGGACUGGAACCAAUCUGCUUGGAGAGAAGCGAUGACAUUGGGGGAGUGUGGCGACUUACAGAGUAUGUUGAGGAGGGAAGAGCCAGCCUCUACAAAUCAUUGGUCACCAACACCUGUAAGGAGAUGUCAGCCUUCUCAGACUUGCCAUAUUCAGAAGAUUUUCCAGUGUUUUUACCACAUGCCAUGCUCCUGGAAUAUCUGAGGAUAUAUACAAAACAUUUUGAUCUUCGGAAACACAUUCAGUUCAAGACUACAGUGAUCAGCAUAAAGAAGCGCCAUGAUUUCUCUGCCACUGGCCAAUGGGAAGUUGUCACGGAGACCAAUGGGAAGCAGAAGUCCACCAUCUUUGAUGCUGUCAUGGUUUGCAUUGGUUAUCUUACUGACCCUUCAUUGCCACUCAGCUCUUUCCCUGGUAUAGAGACGUUUAAUGGGCAGUACUUUCACAGUCGGGACUACAAGACCCCUGAUGUCUUCAGGGGUAAAAGAGUGCUGGUGAUUGGCAUGGGGAAUUCUGGAGUUGAUAUUGCGGUGGAAGCCACUCACACAGCCAGAAAGGUGAUGAUCAGCACAGAAAGAGGUGCCUGGGUGAUAAGCCGUGUUUUUGACAAUGGCUAUCCAUGGGACAUGGUGUUCCUAACUCGUUUUAGGAAUAUUAUUCGAAAUAUCCUUCCUGGGUACUUCACAGGAUGGCUGAUUGCAAGCCACGUGAGCCAGUGGUUUAACCAUGCAAACUAUGGCAUCAUUCCAAAGGACAGGUCUGUGAUGAGAGAGCCAGUGCUAAAUGAUGAACUCCCUGCAUGCAUCAUCACUGGGAAGGUCUCUGUGAGGCCUGAGGUGAAGGAGUUCAAAGAAAACUCUGUUGUGUUCGCAAAUACUCCUGGUGAAGAGGAAGUGGAUGUUGUUGUCUUUGCCACUGGAUACAAAGCUUCUUUUCCUUUCAUUGAUGAGUCAGUUAUCAAGGUGGAAAAUAAACAUGCUUCCUUGUACAAAUACAUCUUCCCCCCUCAGCUGGAGAAACCAACACUUGCCGUUAUAGGGUUCCUCAGGCCCUUUGGGGCAGUCAUGCCUGUUGUGGAAAUGCAAGCACGCUGGGUCACCCGUAUCUUUAAUGGUUUGUGUAAGUUGCCUCCAGUGAACACAAUGAUGGAGGAGGUCAAUGAAAAGAAGAAAAACAACGUCAACUGGUUUGGCUUGUCCUUUGAUGAGGUUUUGAAAACAGAUUGCCUUGUGUACAUGGACCAAAUUGCCUCCAAUAUUGGCACAAAACCAAGCGUGCCAGCUCUCCUUCUGAAAGAUCCUGAACUGGCCCUGAAGAUUUUCUUUGGGCCCUGUUCCUCCUACCAGUACCGCCUGAUUGGACCAGGAAUGUGGGAGGGAGCAAGAAGUGCCAUCAUGAGCCAGUGGAAACGGACCCUGAAGCCCACAAGAACUCGGGUUGUGGAAGACUCUUCAAAUUUCCUCAUGUACCUGCUAAAAGUGCUGAUACUGUUUGCUGUCUUUGUUGGAAUUUUCUUUGGUUUCAAUUAGUUCUUGCAAAUUUACAGCAUUAUUACCUUUAUCUUUCUGGGUACGUAUUUUCUGUCUACAUGAUGCUGCACCUUGCACCAGCUGAUAAAGGCAGCACACGAAAUAUAUACGCAACUAGAAUUUUACACAAAUCUAAAUUCAGAUAAUUUGAAAUGUUUAUAUCUGAGAGUUGUGUUUUGUUUUUUAAAGAAACUGUUUUUAAGACAGAAGAACAAAUAUUUGACAGCAAUGCAUGAGAGAGACGAACCAAACCAAAGUCCAUUCCUAAACCUGAAAAUUUACAAAUACAGGUUAACUUGAAAUCCAAUUGGUGGGUUUUUUGGAGCUAGUGUGGUGGAAGUAGUUGUAGUAGGGAAUAUGGAGUCCCUGCUUCAAAUCCCCAUUCAGCCAUGAUGCGCAUUCGGCCUCUCCCACAGGCAGCAUUAUUGUGAGGGCAAAAGGAGGAGAAACACGCACAGCCCUUCCUGCAACUUGGAGAAAAGACUUUCGCUAUUUUUCUUCAACAUUUGGCAUAGUAAUAUAGAAAUGUCAGUUUAAAUUGCUAUCUGUUUUUGAGUAUCUUCAGCUCUACAAACACCAGACACACACAGUCACCUUUUAUUCAUCUGUAUGCUUAAAAGUAGACGCCAUGGUGCAGGUAUGUCAGGUGUGACUAACAGCACACUCCAAUGCAUGCCUACUGAGAAGUAAGCUCCAUUGGGUUCACUGGGACUUACUCCCAAGUAAGUGUGUAUUGGAUUGCAGCCUAAAGUUCACUGAAAGCAAACAGACUGGGCUAGUUUGUUUUAUAUGCUACAAUGUGAUUUACAGAAAUCUGAGUGAUUUUAAUGGGAUUUACUCCCUAGUCAGUGUGCUUAGGCCUGUAGCCAAAAUCAUGAUCAACUUCAGUUGGCUGGAGGCACUUCUAGAUGGGCUGUGUAUUUGCACAAAAUUUAGUUGUCAUUCCAUACUUUCUAGUGCAGUUAUCCCAUAAUUUUUCUAACUGCAGAAAGUCUGGUAAGAAGAUGAUGGGAGAUUGCAUGGAAAGUGCAGGAGAACAACCACUAGCUAGAAAUGUCAUAGAACCUUCACAUGAACAUACCAGGAUGAAUGCUAAAUAAACAUGUGAUGGUGUAUAACUGUCCUCCACACAAGUUGUGUGCCAACGUAUCAGCAUGAAUGCUCAGUGAAUAGCCACUCUGGAAGCCCCCGAGGUCCUCAAAGUGGUGAUUCUGGAACCUUUCCCUUGACAUCUUCUCUCUUGUUACUCCCUUUGUUGCAGAUUUACACACUAUACUUGAAGCAGCUCCUGCUGCUUGCUGACCCCUCUCUACCCUCUGCUGCUGAAUCUGAGCAGCCUGCCAGCCCAAGUCCUGGGGGCAGGAGAGGGACAAGCGGAAAAGCUGCGCACAUCUGAGUUAAGGUGGCUGGUGGAGCUCUGUUUGCAAGGCAACUGCUUUCCAACACACAAUCACAUCCACACCAUGCAUUUAAACCACAUGAUUCCCCUUCCACAAGAAUCAUUGGAACUGUAGUUUAAGGGUAAUGGGAAGUGAGGAGUAAACCUCACCCUCACUGUCACAGAGCUACACUUCCCGUUACCCUCAAACUACAGUUCCAAUGAUUCUUUGAGGAAACCAUGUGCUUUAAAUGUACUUUAAAUGUAUGGUGUGGAUGCUAGUCUUCCCAUGUGUGCUGAACUCUUCCUAAUUAUCCUCUUUUAAGCAGCAUUUACAGGUGAUCAGGCCAAAGAGGAAGGACAGUAGCUCACUGGUAGAUGCCCCAUCCCUGGUAUCUCGAGAUAGGACUGGAAAUGCCCCAUGUCUGAAGCUCUAAAGAACCAUUGCCAGUCAAAGUCUCACUCCCAGUGACUGAGCUAAAUGAACCAUUCUGACCUGAUAUAAGGAGGCUUCAGGAGGGACUCGGAAUACAUCCAUGCCUGGAUCAUGUAUUUGCCAGUGGUGUGGAAGGGUACAAGGAGAUUUAAACCUGCAACAAAACAACAUUCCCUGGCACAAAAACUAUAGCAUAAAGGGAACAAAUUGGGAAAUAGUAUGAUUUGUUGCUUUCUGUUCUGGAAUCUGUUGGAUUGAAGAGUGGCAAACAAAUGUUUGAAAUGAAUGAAAUAACUAAAAUGGUUCCAUUAAAUAAUAUUACUCAAGUGGAAUCCAGUGGCAGUGGCAGAUAAGCUACCUAUCCCCUAUGUACCAGAUCUCAUGCCUGCACUGCAAAUGUAAACUAAUUUCAAACCUAAUUUCAUUGUUAUGGUUCUCAAACAAGGAACCUAGCAGGAAUUGUUGCUCUAUAAAGAAUAGACAAGGAAGUUCAGGAGCACGUACACAAAGCCAUGAGUCAGUUCUUAGUUGGGGGUCAUAAUAGUAAAAAAUGUGAACUUCUUUUCCAAAGCCCUCACAUAACUUUCAGUGCCAAGUUGAAACUUUGAAUAAAGUUAUGUGUGGUUGAAAAUGUAUCAUGACCACCCUGUCUUUUUAAAUGCAUUAUUUUCCAAAUGUAUUUGUUUAUGCACUGUUUGCACACUUCUGUGUGUACACUACGCAAAGAAGUUUGCUCUGCGUGCUUGGAUAGUAUAAAUGCAGAAUGUUCUUAACAUUUAGGACAUUAAUUUACUCUGAACAAUAUAGUGCUUCUUUCAGAAUUAUGCUGAUACUUAUAUUAAAGAGAUAAGAAAAGCCCCAAUAGGACAGAAAGUCCAGGAUUUUGUUUCCAACAGCAGCCAACCAGAUGCCAUUGAUUGGAAAGCCCACUGUCACAUCAUGAAGGUAAUAAUCCCUUCCUGUUUAUUGCUGUCUCCCCAGUAAGUGGUAUUUAAAAGUAUGCUGACUCUGAACUGAAGGUUUCCUUUAGGUAUUGUGGUUAAUAGCCAUUAGGUGCUUCCAGAUAACCUAUUUAUUGAGCAUUCAUCCUGAUUUUUUUGUGGGGAGAUUAGAUGACAUUGUGUUAAAAAGUGUUACCUCACGUUUUUCACUGCAUAGUCUGAUCUUUGGGGAAAGUGGGUUGUGCAAACUUCCAAAUCAACUUUAAUUGUGAAAUCUGCAUUUGUCAGUAUAUGAUUGAAUCCCACCCCAAAAUAGCUACCGUCUGGUAGCACCCAUUGAUAGACCUAUCCUUCACAAAUUUGUCUAAUCCCCUUUUACAGUCAUCUGAAAUAUAUUUAAGAGUAAGUUGCGUAUCCGUUCCCCAAUGGCGCAUAAGCUUGCCUGAGAUUUGAGUCCUCUCAAACUCAAACAAAAAAUCAUAUCCCUAGUGUUUGUCAGCUAUAUAUUGCUCUUUACAAACUUUUUUGUUUUACUCUUUUUUUAAAAAAAGAACAUCUCAGUUUUGAAUAUCAUUGUAAGCCAGUAUAUAACAAUAUAUUACAAAUAUUUUCAGUAAGUUCAAAAUGACAGGUAUAUCAGGGGAAAUAAUGGGGCUUCACAAAUUGCUAUGUGGAAAAACCUAGUGUUGGAACAGAUUGUUUUAUUAUGUAUGCAAAGCUUGUUUAAAUUAUAUUGAUCUUUCUGUCAGUUACCAAAUGCCAAGACUGAAUUACCUUUGAAUUUUGUUUUCCUUCUGCACUCCUUUAAUUGGGCAAUCUUGAUAAACUUCUGCAUUUAAGGAUCUCAUGUGUUUUAUGUCACCAUGCUUUUAUUGAUAGGAACAGCUAGAAUGUAUCAUGUAGAGGCUACUAAAAUGAUUUGCAGAUAUUAAAAAGUUUCCAAAAAGGACUUGAUGUUCUUUAUUGUUU